AUGGGUGAUCAAAGUGUCACUUUGAUUGAUGAUGUGGAUGCGCUGAGGGACGAUUUGACACUAAAAGUUUGUGUCAUAAACUUGUGGAACCAUAUGUCAUUCUACAACAAGGAUAACAUUUGGGCCAUUGAAUUAAUCUUACUUGAUGAAAAUGGGAGAAAAAUCCAAGCUACUGUCUACAAAAAAUGUUUGUAUCGUUUCAAAAAUCUGUUAAAGGAUGGGUCAUCUUUUUACAUCACAAGACCAAGUGUUGCAUCACAAAAGCCCGGUAGUUUCAAACUAACUCCUCAAGAUCAAAAACUAACAUUUGUCCAAGAUACUGUUGUUACAGAAUGUGCAGAAUUUUCUGGAUCUAAAUUUGGAUUUUCAUUUGUUGAGUAUCAAUCUAUACUCUCAUUUCUACAUCCUCAAGAUACAUCUGUUGAUGUUAUUGGAUUGGUAGUUGCUGUUAGUGAGAUGAUAAGAGAUAAUUCAGAUAAGUCUAAACAGAGGCUAACCAUUCACAUCCAAGAUGCAAAUGCUUUGCAACUCCGUGUAAUUUUGCGGGGUGAUUAUGCGUACAAGAUGCAGAAUUACAUAGAUAACAAUCCACCAAAUCAACAUGUUGUUGUUAUACUUCAGUUUGCACAGAUUACUAUUUGGAGAGAUCGUCCAAGUGUUAACACCUACUUUACAUCUUCAAAGUUGUUCAUUAACUCAGAAAUUGAUGAAAUUACUCUCUUCAAAAAAGUUAGAACUAAGCUGAAGACUAUUGCUGAGAUUUUUGAACCCCUUGAGAGUGGAGACAGUACUGAAUUUUUUCCGGGGGAGGUUAAUGCAUUGAAAGGUUUGAAAUUGGCAUUCAAGAUUUUUGUUACGGAUUUCAAUGUGUCAAAAAAAAUCAAUCAAUAUGGAAUUACUAGAGUCAGUGAUAAUGUUGAUAUAAUUGAACAACUCGAAAACAAGUUUACUGAUUCACAGACUGGUAUAACACACUCUCUGGAUAUUGGUUUGGCCGAAUUCGAAUCUCAAGACAACAGAACUCUAAAGGAUGUAAUUUCUGGUACCGACGACAACAUAACUCCUUCCAAUGUUGACAAAAACUCAGCAACAAGCCCAAUGAAGUUAAACAACACAACACCCGUUUUAAAACGAAAUCUAGAAGAAGUCUUUAAUAAAGAAUUGAAUGAAAACUUAUCGUCCUCAAAAACUCCAAAAGUAUCUCCAGAUGGUCCAGGAAAACAGUUAUUGAACGCGAAGUUGGAAAAAAGUGGCUGA